AUGAUCUCCAAGACCAAAAAUAUGACAUCUCUAGCGAUCGGCUUUAUCCUCAAAGGCACCCGUUAUGACUACCGCAUCCUGGCCCUAAUCGGCGGUAAUGCAUUGCGGACUACCACCGUCUUCCAAGCUGAGGUCAUUUCGGAAGCCAUGAUCAAAAUCGUGUCCACGAGUCAUCCAGAGGACAUGGAGAGCAUGAGAUGCGAAGUCGGGGUUUAUGGAUAUCCUAAUGUCGCCACGGCCGACUGUUUCCGCAGACUGUACGAAGUCCUCGAUAACCGGACGAUGGUAUUCGAAUGGCUGGAUACCACCCUAGCAGAGGUUCCCUUCCAGCCUACUCCCGACUGUUAUGCCCUCAUCCUGGCGGUCCUCAGAGCGGCGCUGCGGAGUUGUGUUCAUCUGGAGAGUCAUCGACGUGUUAAUGCAGAUAUCCAACCCACCAACAUCCUCAUCUCCAACCUCAACACCGACAGACUCAUCGUCAAAAUCGGCGACCUAGGCCACGUCCUCCAAACCCACCGCACCACCAACACCCAACCCCUCCUCACCCGCGCCCCCGAAGUCUUCCUCAACAACCCCUGCACCCCCGCAUCCCACGUCUGGUCCAUCGGCGCCACCCUCCUCUACUGGCUCAACCCCACCAUCAUCGGUCCCGAAGACGGCUUCACCCUCCCAGUCAAUGAAGCCUGGUGCAUGGCGAAGCUGAAACGGUUGUUCCCGCAGUGGCAGAUCCCGGUCCCUGAGGAAGAAGAGGCUGUGAUGGGACCGAUGUUACGAUAUCGGUUUCAGAUGGCCAGGUACCUGGCUCAGAAUGAAGACCUCGCGUCACGUAUGCCGUUACGGAGGGAGUUGGAUCGCAUGCGCCUUCCGUUUGCAUUGAUCGAAUUGUUGUGUUUGAUGUUGGAGGUUUGGCCUCAGUGCAGGCCGUCGGCCAGGGGUGUGUUGGGGUCGGCGGAGUUGAGUUUUUGGGAGGACUUUGUGAGGGAGUAA